AUGGGGCGAACCUCUAAAUUCACAUUCCCCGUCCCCGGGAGGAAACAGAAACCGCCGUUUGGCCCGAUUGUGUCGGGGCCCAUGUCGAAAGCGCAAAAGAUUCUGGGGACCGCCGAGAUCAACAUCGACGCUCCGCGACAAUGGGAUUCCGCCUCCAACUCUGGCAUCAGCGUAUGCGUAUCCGAAAGCACUGCGACUUAUAAUGCGAGCGAGAGAAGCCGAGGAGUAAUGCGCCAUGAAGAGGAGGGUAGUUACGCAGGGAAAAAUCGCAGUAGGAACAACAACGCGAACGCGCAAUGGGAACAGGAGUCCGAGAUCGUGCCCGCUUUCUUGACGAACCGAUUCGCGCAGUUGAGCACCGAAGGCGGCCAGCGAGAGUUUACUACCGAAACAUCAAGCCUAGCCCGACGUGGCUCAAACUCGACCAUCACCUCGUGGUACGACAAGACGAAGAUGCCGCUGUCGAUAUCUCAGCAGACAUCCUCCUCCGCCAUGGCCAAGGGCCUGCCACAGAAGGCCAACGCCGUCCUCGAUAUCGAAGGCCAGUCAUCCACCAAUGUUCCGGCACCAUUGAAUCUGAAAGCCAAGAAGAGGCCGAGCCGACUAGAUCUCGGGCCACUAUUGUCUCGGGCUAAACACAACAGCUUAAAAGGCAAAUCCGAUCCUCAGCGAGCGAGCUCCGUACAUGGACAAGAAUACACCAACCGAUCGCCCUCGCUUGCCUCGGUCACCUCACCCAAGAGCACACCACCGCCGAUCCAGCAAAGGAUUGAGAGGAAACUAACGAGAAAGAGCACGUAUGACAGCCUCAACUCGACCGGGAGCCGGCCGAGAACAGGUUCCAGCAGCCGUAGAGGCGCCAACGAUAUCAGCACGUUGCCCAAUCUAUAUGAGCAUUAUGAGCAAAUGUCAUUUGACUCAGUCUUGGGACAUGACGGUCCUUUGGCUGCUGCAUCAACUCACUCUCUGAAUAGUGUCGCUCACACACCACUAAGAUCGCCGUCCACAACGGACCAUCAAAGGAGGAAUUUCUCGAGGCCUCCUCUGAGACACGAGGGGACGACGUCGACAUACCAACCUCAAUUCGGACCGUUACCGGAGUCUACUGCCGUAUCAACUGGCCACCAACAGACUCAGCUCGAUCGCGAUUGCGCAUCAAGCGUUUCAAGCCGCUACACCAAGACGUCAAAGGCCUCCAAACGAACAAGCCAGAGUCUAAAUGGUUCUGAUCUGAUGGAGAAGAGUGUGUUGUCGCUAUCCUCAGACUCGGAAGACGACUUCUUCCCCGACUCUGUCUCGAAGUUCACCGGGGGCUCUCGCAGCAGUGAUGCGGGCAGCUUGGCUCCUUCAUCGCUGAGAUCGACACACUCUCGAGAUGCCCCGUCAUUGGGACAAGGUUCGAGGAAUUACGGUGUUCAGGAGGCGCGCGUAAUUGCCGUUCUUCCCCCACAAGAAUCACACGCAAUCCCGGAUCGUAUGAUGAGCAACCCACCCCAGCGCAUGCUGUCCACAAAGUCUUCCUCAGUCCAUUCGGUCGACCAGCCAACGCCGCCCAUGAGCCCGACCUCAGUGGAGUCAUUUAUGAGUUCCGGCGGUGGCACCGCGGCGGACGCGAACAACACCGCAGACUCUCGCUUCAUGGCUGUAACCCGGCAGGAAGAAAUGCUGCUCGCGGCUCUCCGGAUGAAGCGCGCUCGCAUGCGCGAAUCGAUCCUGGCCGAAUACGAAGACGAGUCGAGAAGUUCUUCCUCCUUCCAUCAGCGCAACUCGUCGCAGGGCACCAUUACCGAAAUGGACUGGCCCGAACCCCCUCAGACCCUCCGUCACCAGACAUCAGCAACCUCGAACAGCACCAUCAAGGCGGGAUCGCGCGCCUCUGACAGUCGCCCGGCGUCGUUAGUCAGGGGCCGGAGCCAUCAGCGCAGCAACUCCCGCCACCUGGACUUUCCCGCGCCGUCGUCGCAGCCGGUAUCUGGCGCAUCCUCGAGGACGGGCAGUCUGCGCAAGAUGAGACCGGUCCAAGAGACGGUACAACCGAGCGAGUCCUCCAAGCAGGAGCGGAUUCUUCUCUAUCUGGACAGACCGGUGGGCAACGUCAACUCAAUGGACUUUGCGGAGCCCAGCCCCGAUCUGAGCGAUUUUAUGGACUUUGACAACGUCAGCGAAGAAGACGAGGAGUUCACGAGCGGCAUGUCCAUGUUCCGGAACCGGGACUACCACCGCUUCACCAUGGGCGCCGUGGGCAACAAGAGCCGGGGACGGAUGUUGAUGACGGGCGAGAGGGUCCGCCACGAGUCUUCGCCGCUGAGACCGAGGGGCGAAGAUGACGAGUUCGGAAGCCGGAGCGCGAGCACGAAGAGGGCGCCUACUACCGAAAUCGUAGAGAGCGACAGCGACGUCGAGCCGAUGUUUGGGAUCCCGAGGCCCGAUUCGCCCGUGUCGCCCGAGGGCACCCUGGGUCUUCCUCACCAGGGGCUGUCCAAGAAGAAGGCUGUCCGGCUCAGCGCGGUCGGCAACGCGGGGGUUGAAGCCGGCUGGUGGGGUGACGACGGUUGA